AGUGGUCAUCCUUAACUUUUCUAUUGGUAAUAUUUUCAGUUUUAUUGAGGACUGGACCUAGCUGUGAGAAACUUGUCCGAAUAAAAUGUAUUAAAAUACCUUUAGAUUAGAUGGAAUAGCUGUGUGUAAUGAUAUAUAUCUAAUGUCAGUGUUACAUGCAACUCUUUCAUCAGUCAUUUUUCUACUUAGUCGGGGGCUCGGAACUUUGCUUUGAGCAAACUUGCAACUCUUCUAUCAGUACUCUUUCCAUUUUUAGUUGAGGGCUCCAAAAAUCUUCUAAAGCUCCCAUUGCCUAUUUAAUUGAUAUAUUUUGAAUACUUUUUCAGAGCUCUAUGUAAUGCUAUUCGUCAUCUUCGAUUUUUUAUUUCAUCAUGGAUGAGUGGGUUCAUUGUAAUCUCUGCGGGCAACAUGUUGCUAAGGGAGUAUCAUUUUACUUGACGACGUGCAGCCAUAUUUUUUGCAAUCGCUGCAAAGAAAAAGGAACAGAUCCGUGUGCUAUUUGUCAACGUAAAUGCAACGUUGCAGCUUUAAAUGACAAACUGGAUAUGAAUAUUCAGACAUUUUUUAUGUCGCCGGAAAAAGCUUUAAAGAAACAAAUAGAAGUUUUAAAUUUUCAAGGGAAGCACAGAACUAUGCUAAUUGGACAUUUAAAAAAGAAAAUUGAACUUCAAAGUGACAUGUUAAAGAAAGCGGAAAAGUAUUGUCAAAAUCAGAAUGAAGAGAUAAAAAAGUUGCAAUAUGAAAAAACAAUUUUAAAGAAAUACACUCAUGCAUUAAAAGCUCACGUUUCUGGUCAUUCGUCUCACAGGCCUUCAACUCCACGACAGCUUUAUUGCAGCCCUGGGUUGGCAUCCCCACGUGUUAGUCGUUCACGAGCUCAGUCGCCAUUGGUUACGAGAUAUCAACCACAAAGUUACUUAGCCACUGAAGCGAAAUAUCUACAGUCACCCAUAGCAACGGGGAAAGAUCGUCCGUUCGUAGAAAUUCAAAACACACCUUCUGAAGCUCACAGAUUAUCGAUACGUCCUAGACCAGCUGACGGAAAGUUUGGGACGCCAUCACCCCGCUUGUACAUAAACUCAGGUUCAGCAUACCCAUCCCGAGCUAAUUCACCACUAGUGGUCAGCACAGAUUCAAUGUACAAACCCUCUCCAAAAGUGAAUCUCCAAGCGCUUUCGGCCCAAUGGACUGGUACAAAUGCUAAAUCGGCAUAUUUUGGCAAACUGGGGCCCACUCCCCCCUGUACCCCCAAAAGAGUUUCCCAGCCCCCAUCUGCCUGCAGUACACCAAUGAUUAAAUUUGGAGCAGGCAGUGCGCCAAAGCUAAGAUGAUACUGAGGGUAUGUACCUUUAAAAUAAAGGUUAAAAAUGGGGAAAGUUGAUGGGAAGGCACAAUUGAUCAAAGGAUAAGUUUUUUAUAGAGAAAAGCUGAUAAGAAAGCUUAAUCGUAAGACAGGAUUUUAAUAUUUGUUCCAGUGGAGAAGGAAGUACCGGUAGAUAAGGAGGCUUGAUCAUACUCAGUUUUUAUACAGAUACCAGAUUCAGCAGUUCGAAUACAACUAAAGCUGCCAGUAUUAUAGGAUAGGGUUUACAUAUUUAUUAAUUAUUAUUUUGUGAGCAUAGAGGAGAAAACUUUUAUUUGAGCUGAUUGUAAAUUUAUUCUGGGAUGGUCAGAUUUUUGCUUUAAUCAAAACUUUUUUUUUGAAAUUUGAAGUCUGAGUAGGUCAAAAUAACUACACAGAGCUCAGGAAAUGUUAAACUAUGAAUCCGACCACAUGUUGGAAAUCCUAACCCAUGUCCAUGAACUUCGAUGUUUGGGUAGGCCACCCGGGAAGCCCCCUCCCAUAAUUAUCCUAAGCCGGUGUGACUCCAGACCAAUUACCUGCUUGGCUAUCUGUACAUAUGAUUGGCAGGCUGUACCUCUUUGCCUAACUGAAUUUGUUGACUUUUCUUCAUAAUGUGCAUCUGCGAAAGUCUUUCAAUUUUUUUGUUGUUGCGUUGUUCACUUUUUUAUUUGUU